UAGUGAUUAAUGUGUAGUGGUUAUCAAUAUAAAGUAAUUUGUAGAUAAUAGGUAGAUUUUCUGUAGUAAAUGCGAUAUCGGUUCUAUUCAUAAUGUAAUUUGAGUAACAAUAUGGAUUGGCAAGGAUCGGCGCCUUUUUUACAAUCUAUAUUAUACUGAGGAACUAAAACUAAAUAUGUCACAAUUAUCAGAAUUACAAAAUAAUAUCACCAUAGACGAACAAAGUCCACAAACUGAACCAUUGGAAAUAAAGGAAGAGAGUGAUGUACAAAUUAAAUUAGAGCUUGAAAAUACAAUAGAAACAAAUAUUCAAGAUGAAAAUCCGUUUCAAAAUAUACAGCUUCAUGUCAAAGAAGAAUUAUGCGAUGAUCAGAAGGAAGUCACGGAAGAUGAGAAACUCAUUGAUGCACCGUUUUGUGAAAAAGAAGAGAGUCAGGAAGAAAUUAAAGAAGAAUGUUCCCCUGAAGAUGAAUCCCUUAUCACAUAUGAUUAUCCCAAUUUCGAAGACAGUAUGGACAGCUCAGAUGCCACGGCACUAGGUAAUGUCGAGGCUUGUUUGCAGGAAGAUAUAAAAGAGGAAAAUGAUAUAUUUCAGCAUGGUGAUAAAGAAGUAAUAACUGAUAAAAUCAAAGAAGAAUCCGAUUUAUCUGUCACUGAAACAAAUCUCAUAUCCAAUAAAGUUAUUAACACAAGUUCAACAAUGUCUAAUCCUGAUGUAGGUGUGAUUGAAUCACAGACAACUAAAACAUUAGUGAUGGAAAUUCACCCAAUGAUACACUCGGGCAGUGUAGCAUUGGACAAACUGGGUAAUCCCGAAGAAAUCUUAUCCACCUCCUAUGAAGAAGAUCAUGAUAUGGAUUACAGUGAGACGUUUCAGUUGAAUUCGAUCACGGGAAAUGUACUCUCGCUCGAACAAGAAGCGUACGGCUUAUUGAAAGCAAAGACACAAAAAAUCUUAACAAACGAUCGACCGCACGCGUGUCCCAAGUGUUCGAAAACAUAUAAAUCUCAAUAUUGCCUGAAAAAUCAUUUGAAAGUCCACACCACAAUAGAGAACUAUCAGAAUGGAAUUAUUAAAAGACUGAAGACGUUUGAGAAGAACAAACUGAAGAGAAACGAUGAUGAUUAUGACGACGACGAGAUUUAUAAGAAAACGAUACGGCUCACUGACAUCCAAAGCAUAAAGGCGAGGCAAGAGCGAUUCAAUAAACGCAAUAACGUCUGUCAAGAAGAAAGUAAUGUUGUCAUUGAAACGAAAAAGGAGACUAAAAAGGAAGGAUAUGAAUGUACCUGUGGACAAGUAUUCCAACGGAGAAGCAGGAUGGAGACAUGCUUUCGGUCACACGACUUGGACAAUAACUCCUCAUCGUGUUACUCUUGUAUGUCGUGUUCGAAACAGUUCAAGAAUAAGGACGAACUCACAUCGCACAGAAAACGGAUGCACCGAAAGCGAUUCCCCUGUAAAUUCUGCCCAACAGACUAUCACACCAGAAAGGAACUAUUCAAACAUCUCCGAAUACAUCAGAAAGUGCAACUAAUGGAGUACAAAGUUAUAGCGGAAGUUAUGGAGGGCAAGCAGAAGUUGCGAUGUUUCAUGUGUGACAAAUCGUGCACGGAAUUGUCGGAAUUGAAGAGUCACGUAAUGGACGAUCACAAGGAACCUUACGUGUGUCCUCGGUGCAAUGAAACGUUCUCCAAAAUUAUAGAUUUCGGGCAUCACACAAAAACAGAUCACCCAGAAGUGGAAGGACAGUCUGUUCUGGAUGUGUUAGAAGCAUUCUCGAAACUAGUUAAAGCUUGGAAAUGCGAGGAAUGUGAACUGCAGUUCCAUGAAGCUGAUAAACUAGCGAAGCACCAAGUAGAGAGCCAUAGCCCAGAUUUAAGAACCGAAACACAAUACCAGUGUGACGAUUGUCGACGCGUUUUCGUCAGUCAGAAAGGCUUAACGUCCCAUAGAAGGAUACAUCACAGUACGGGCAGUACUGAAGAAGCAGAAACCGUUGAAGGCGUUAUGUGCAUCGAAUGCAGGAAAAUAUGCAAAGAUGAAGCAGCUUUAACUUCACACAUGCGGCUACAUUCACCGGAUAGGAAGUAUCCCUGCAAGUUCUGCGAUUUUCGCUUCGCAACUCCAGAAAAGAGAAAAGCGCAUACAGAAUUGCAUACGGGAGACAUGAAGUAUGUGUGCUUUAUAUGCGAGUAUCAGUGCACUUCGGAAAAUAGGCUCAAACAGCAUAAAAUGUCUGAAAAACAUUUAAACAUGAAGCAAUAUCUUCUAUUAGGUCAAACACAAGAACAAUCUGUGAAAACCACGGAUGAUUUAGCAAAAGUGGAGAGUCAAACGUCAUCGUCCACAACGGAGGACGAUGCAAUUAUUUGUGAUAUUUGUGGUGAAAAGUUUUCGAAUUCAAAGAAAAUGUUGAAACACAAAGAAACACACCCAUUCAUAGUGUUUCCCAAUGAAGAUACACCAACUAGAAUAUUCUUUAAGUAGCAAUCCUUGCCUUUUAAUGUAUAGCUUUAAGAAAAAGUAAUUUAUACAAAUUAUAAAAACUGCGUUGAUCCCGCCUUUGCAGAUGCAAUAGAAUAAAGUUGUAAAGAAAAUAUAUAUAAUAUAAAUUGUAAGUCGUAAUUUAUUGGUAACAAAAAUUCUAAAUUAAAACUUUCUAGUUAUAAAGUUGUCACAAAACAAUAUUUUGGUACACUUCUCGUAUAUUUUUAAUUUUUCACUGGAUCGAAUUUUCUCUUACAGUAACUACUUUUUUUGAUGCUAAAAAAAAUGUAAAAUUUAAAUGACCCUAAUGUAGGCCAAUUUCUCAAAAAACAUUUAUUUUUGCAUUUUUGUAGGUUUUUAUGCUGUUUAGAAGUAUCUUUAUAUUUUUUUAUGUGGUUUUGUUGAAUCUGGUUUCAUUCACUCAACAUUUUGAGUCCUUUUUAUUGUUACUGUCUGAAUGUAAUAUAAUAUUCUGUUAAAACAAUGAUCUAAUUAAAAUUAUUAAAAAAAUACUAAAUAUUUGUGCCUUGAUUUUCAAUAUUACAAAAAAUGGUAGUAAUUUUUUUGCCAGUUGCAAGUUUUAUAAAAUUAAAAAUACGAUGUAAAUUGAAUUUUAGAGAAAAAGUUUUCAGAGAUAAAGUUGCAUAAAUCUAUAAUUUAAUAAUAUUUGGUUUGUAUAACAUUUAAUUUUCAUUUUUCUUACUUUGAUUUUUUUGAAUAAGUAUAUUUUUUAUGUUUUGUUUCAUAUCAUUAAUUGAUAGGCACUUUAGAUAUAUUUUUACGGUAAAUUUUUUGAACGAAAAAUACUGGAAUAUCAAUAGGUAACUUCUAUGUUUUUACAGUGUAGUUUUUAUAUUUGUAUUAUCUAUUGCCUGUGUUAGAAGCUAGUCUGUCUGGUUUUGUUAAAACUUAGUUGUAUGUUUU